GUAGGGGCACCAUCAGGCACUAAAUAUUGAGGAGAAGCAACUGUUUUCGCUGACGUCGAUGCGUCCUGACUCCUCCUUCGUUCAAUCACAACCACCACAACCCUGGUCUGCCUGAAAGGACAACCCGCAGCUUCGACCAUUGGGGAACUUCCCCAGCUUUAUUACUACCCAGUCACCUCUCUGUCCGCGCGUGUACCUCGAAGACCUCGCAUACCUUGACACCUUAAACAACUAACACUCGAGCGAGUUCCAAAUCGCAGACACCUGCUCGUUGCACCGUCUGUCGUUCCCACCUGUCUCUUGUACCACCCAGCAUACGGCUUCUCUAUUCUACAGCUACAAUCAUGCUCGCCCGCCGGUUACCCCUCUCCUCUCCCCAAGCUUCCUCUCUCGUUCGCGCCUUUACUACCUCUACCCUAUGUCGAGAACCUGCUCGCUCUCCCGGUUUGGGCGACGUCACACCCAACGGUACCGAGGCUUUUAAUACCCGACAGAAAGAAUUCCGCGAUGGCCUGGAAGCUGCCAAAAAGAGAAAGGACCAAGCUGAAAGUCAGUCUUCCUUCACUAUCUCACCUUCACCCCCUGCUGCAUCUGCGUCUGAUAGUGCUUCCGGCGUCUUUGAAUCCCUGGGCUUGGGCUCACUUUCUACCGCUCCCCGUGCAGAAGAAGCCAGGCAAGCUGAAACAGACACUUCCACCAAGCGAUCGGGAAAGCUUUCGAGUCUGAUCUAUGGCACACCCGAGGGUCAGCAGCUGGACAAAGAGAUGGAACGCUCGUUCUCACAGGUCCUGGCUCGAGGCAAAUACGUCCAUUCAAUCGUCUUUCACGACGUCAAGCCCGACAAGGUCGAUGAGUAUGUCGAACUUGUCGGCAGUUGGUAUCCCAAGAUGGCGAAUAUGCCUGAGAACAAGGUUCAUCUCGUAGGCAGCUGGAGGACGGAAGUAGGCGACUGCGACACCUUUGUGCACAUCUGGGAAUAUCAACGCUACACAGGAUAUCACGCCUCUUUACACAGUAUCUCGCACCAUCCCGACUUUCCGGCAUUCGACAAGAAACUGAAGAGUCUGAUCUAUUCUAAGAAAGUCUCGCUCAUGCAGGAAUUCUCGUUCUGGCCGACUACGCCACCGCGAAAGCUUGGAGGACUGUUCGAGCUGCGGUCGUACACUCUCCACCCAGGUAAUCUCCUGGAGUGGGAGACGCACUGGCGAAACGGACUGAAAGCGAGGCGAGAAGUCAUGGAGGGUGUGGGGGCUUGGUUCGUGCAAAUUGGGGAUCUAAACACCGUGCACCAUCUGUGGCAGUUUGCGGAUCUUGAGGAGCGAAAAUUACGACGUGAGCAGUCAUGGGGAGUCGAGGGCUGGGCGGAUACAGUGCAUAAGACGGUGCCGCUGAUCCAGACGAUGAGGAGCAAGAUCCUCAUUCCCAUGCCUUGGAGUCCGGUGGGCUGAGGGACUGGAUUAGUUUGGCACUUUCUACGGGCUGUGAGCUUGCCUGAAAAUUGGAGGGCGUUGAGGAAUGCCAUCGUGCUCUGUGGUCCACAACAAACCGACAUCGAGGAGCGUCUGGGAGAUCGUGGUCUGGGCCUAUGCUCUCUGUUGCUCAUACUAAGACAGCCGUGCGCGGGAGUGUGAUAACUAGCUCGCAGCCAUUGAUGCUGUCAAUGCUAAGUCAAUAGAUAAUUCCACCACUCUUGGUGCUCAAAUGGAGUGUCCUCCAUAGAAGAGUU